AUCCUAUAGGUUGAGCGACCGAGAAAGUUCAAGAGAUAGAUGGUGAUGUAUUUCGCCGGUGUCCAGGACGAAGCCGGCAACCAAGUCGCCGCCGCCGCUGCCGUGCAGAGCUACGGAGGACUAGAGUCUAGUCCUUCCCAGCCACCAAUGACGCCGCGGCCGCCAGACUUCUCCUUAAGAGGAAGCGACGCCUUUGCCGCGGCGGCGACGAGCCAUCACCCCUACGACCGAUUCGGCUCCGCCUCCACUUCCGCCGCCGCCGCCCCUGGCCCAGUGUACUUCAACGACGGCCAGGACUUGAACUCCAUAGUUGCGGCCGGGUGACGCCAAUUCCGUACCGGAAAUGGGUGGUUUCGCCGGAUCUCACCAGGCGGUGAUGACGAGCCCCGGUUAGGGGUUUCGUACCUUCUUCGCCAAUAUUUUUUUUAUUUAAUUAAUAUACAAUCCUUUAUAUAUUAAAAAGGAGAAUUGAGCUUCCAGAAUUACGACAUUUGGCACGCUGACUAGACAAUUUU